AGCUGGAUAUGGCUUAUUAUGAUUCCAAGGCUGAGCUGGAUUAUUAUUCGAUGGAUGGAGAAGGAGAGGUGGAAAAUCCCUCCCACAUCAAGCUGGAGUUUGUCUAUGAUCCCAACUUCAAAAACAAUGUCAACUAUUCCUACACGGCUGUUCAGAUUCCAACGGAUAUUUAUAAAGGAGCCCCAGUCAUUCUGAACGAGUUGAACUGGACGCAGGCGCUGGAGAAAGUCUUCAUGGAGAACAGUCGGGAGGAUCCGUCAUUGCUGUGGCAGGCGUUUGGGAGUGCGACGGGAGUCACCCGCUACUAUCCAGCAACGCCUUGGAAGGCCCCUGAUAAGAUCGACCUGUAUGAUGUCAGGAGGAGGCCCUGGUACAUCCAGGGAGCCUCAUCCCCAAAAGAUAUGGUCAUUCUUGUUGAUGUGAGCGGCAGUGUCAGUGGACUCACCCUGAAACUGAUCAAAGCAUCAGUGAUGGAAAUGCUGGACACUUUGUCUGAUGAUGACUAUGUCAACGUGGCCCGGUUCAACGAGAAGGCCGAGGCUGUUGUUCCUUGUUUCAAACAUCUUGUCCAGGCUAACGUGCGCAACAAAAAGAUCUUCAAGGACGCGGUGCAGCAGAUGCAGGCGAAAGGCACCACCGACUACAAGUCUGGAUUUCAUUUUGCCUUCAACCAACUGUUAAAUAAGACAAAUGUCCCCAGGGCUAACUGCAAUAAAAUAAUCAUGCUGUUUACUGAUGGAGGAGAAGACAGAGCUCAGGACGUCUUCAUGCAAUACAACUGGCCCAAUAAAACAGUUCGAGUAUUCACCUUUUCUGUGGGUCAACACAACUAUGAUGUCACACCCUUGCAAUGGAUUGCAUGUACCAAUAAAGGUUACUAUUUUGAGAUCCGUUCCAUCUGUGCUAUAAGGAUUAACACCCAGGAGUACCUGGACGUGCUGGGACGUCCCAUGGUUCUGGCAGGCAGCGAUGCCAAACAGGUCCAGUGGACCAAUGUGUAUCAGGAUGCAUUGGGUCUUGGAAUGGUAGUGACCGGGACUUUGCCUGUAUUUAAUCUCACUGUGGAUGGAAACUCACAGAAUCAGCUGAUAUUGGGCGUCAUGGGAGUUGACGUGCAUCUCGAUGAGAUAAAGCGUCUGACACCACGGUACAAUCUCGGAGCCAAUGGAUACAUAUUUGCCAUUGAUCCAAACGGAUAUCUUCUCCUACAUCCUAAUCUCCAGCCAAAGCUCGUGAACCUCCCUGAACCUGUGACGCUGGACUUCCUGGAUGCAGAGGUGGAGGACAGCAAUAAAGAGGAGAUCCGCAGACAAAUGAUUGAUGGAAGACCAGGUGAAAUGCAGGUCAAAACACUCAUCAAGUCCAUUGACGAGCAAUACAUUGAUGAGGUGUUCAGGGGUUACACCUGGACUCCGAUCAACGGCACAGACUACAGUCUGGGUUUGGUACUACCCCCGUACAACGAAUACUACAUCCAGGCAGACCUGAGUGAUGUGAUGCUGCAGCUCCAGUACAUGCAGUCUCUGCUGCCCAGCUCCUUUGAAUUAUCAGGUCAUGUGUUUCUGGCUCCAAGGGAAUACUGCAAGCGUCUGCACAUCUCUGACAACAACACCCAGUUUUUGCAGAACUUCCUUUCACUCAUGUUGGACAUGUCUCCAGAAUCUGAUGAGUGUGACCAAGGCCUCAUUCACAACCUGAUUCUGGAUUCUAGGAUUAUCGGGCAGCUGGCUUCUCGUGUGUGGAAGAACAAGGACCUGAAUUCGUACGGCUUCCUGGCGGUGUUUGCGUCUACAGAUGGAGGAAUAACACGGGUUUUCCCCAACAUAGCUGCUGAACUGUGGGAGGAAGAUCCUGAACCCUUUAAUUCAAAUUACUACAGACGAAGCCUGGACAACAGAGGAUACAUGUUCCGAGCUCCACUCAGAUCCUCCAUGGACGACCCUGUAGGUGCAGAAAAUGGUACGGUUGGAAUCCUAGUGAGUUCAGCAGUAGAGGUGAAUCUAGGAGGCAAACUUCUCAAACCUGCAGUGGUUGGAGUGAAGCUGGACUUGGAAGCGUGGGUCGACAAGUUUAAGAUCCUUGCCAGCAACGUGUCGGACAGUCGACAGGGCUCACACAAGUGUGGACCAUCCAGAAGUUGUGAGAUGGACUGUGAAGUCAACACUGAUGACCUCCUCUGUUAUCUCAUUGAUGAUGGAGGCUUCCUGGUUAUGUCCAACCAGAGAGAUCACUGGAAAAAGAUUGGACUUUUCUUCGGCGACGUGGACCCUUAUCUGAUGCAUGCGCUCUACAACAACUCAAUUUUCAGCCGUCGUCAGUCUUUUCACUACCAGUCUGCGUGUGAACCUGUCAGCAGCAGCCACACUGGUGCAGCACCCAGAGGCAUCUUUGUGCCGUCCGUUGCUGACAUGCUCAGCCUGGCCUGGUGGACGUCUACUGUGGCAUGGUCUGUGCUCCAGCAACUACUGUAUGGACUGGCCUAUAACAGCUGGCUCUAUCAAGACAAUGUCCUCACUGAAGGCUUUGAGACCAGAGAAAGCAGCUGCGUCACCAUCCAAAGCCAGUUUUACUUUACAAACACCACCAACUCCUACAACGUGCUGCAGGACUGUGGAAACUGCUCACGUCUGUUCCAUGCAAAACGGAUAGAAAACACCAACCUGCUGUUCGUCGUUGCUGAGACACUGCCCUGCAGCUCCUGCGAGAUAGAGAGGCUGACCCAGGUCAGGACAGAGUUUCAGGAGGAGAAUCCAUGUGAAGUACUGAGUAACGCACGGUAUCGUAAAGGCCCGGCUUCCUGCUUUGACUACAGUGCCUUAGAAAACACGUCAGAGUGUGGACGGGGUCAUUCUCUGCAGUCCUCCAUAGGAGUCCUUCUCUUUAUUCAGCUUCUCCUGCCUCUCUUUCAUCUCUGACACGUGCAAACGCCCGGACAUCUUUCAUCUCUUUGGGUUAAGGCUCAGAUCUACUGAAGGUCACAUCAAGUGCAAAACUCUCAUUUGAUCUACGAGCACAGUGGUAAAAAGAAAAAAAAAAACCUGGAUCAGCGCUUUGUGUUUUUUGCCUUAUUGCUUAUAUGCAUUUGUUGGUGUUUUGGGGCUUAAGUGCAAAAUAUAGGUACAGAAUGUUGGAUGUGCAUGCUACAUAGGUCAGGACAUGCAUGACAUUUUUUGGACGCAAGCUCAGCCACAUUAACGGUCUAACAAACAGUCAGGGAGGCACCUGAAAUGUACUUUUUAACAGUUCAGUGAAUAAAAAAUAAACCAACCAGCAGGAACAGACGUUAAAUACAGUGAAGAUCUAAAAACUUAGUUAGACUAGUUUCGUUUAUGUGUGGUUAAAAUACUCUAUCGUAGGAAUACACUCUAGUAAAGUGCAGGUUUAUAUUUACUAAAGAAAAAGUUUCAAGAAUUGGCAACAAAAUGAACUUCAAUGAUCAAACACAUCACAUGACAGCAGAAAGCCCCCAUCAGUGUUAUGUUAUCUCAUGAUUACUGCUGCAUUAACAUGUACACAGCAUGUUACUGUUGUAACUCCCUAAUCCUCACUUCCGAUUAGUUUGACCGUAACAAUCCACAGUAUCAUGGUAAAAUCUGUAAAAUGAGAAGUUGUAACUAGAACUAACUACUCACCACUAACUAUAACAGAUUCAUGAAGUGGAGUAAAAGGUGCAGUACUUUGUAUUUUCUUCAGUAGUAUUAAAGGGGCUCUCCGCAGUUUCCUUGUAAACAAAGCUUCAGUUUGCAUUCAUGGAUCACAUCAAGGACCCACUUAAAAACAUUGCUCAAUAGCUCCACAAGUGGUCAGAAACUCCACAUGGUACCUUUAAGUAGCAUAGAAUAGAAAUAUUUAAAGGUAGUUUUGAGUUUUUAGAUCUUUCAUUGUAUUUUAUUGUUGACCCACUCUGACCUCACUGUUAUUAAUAUGAUUUCUUUGUAGGUAUGGAUUUACAGUUUCCAUACAGCACUACUCCUGAGUGAAUUCAGCCUCGACAUUGACAAAACUGACAGUUUUACACUGUGCACACUACACACUACAGCAUGGUCAUGUAAAUAAAUAAACAGAAUCAGCUGCUGGUUGAGCUUCAUGGUUCAAACUCACACCUGAAAUUAGCUCAGACGCUGCUUAUUGUAACUUUUGCUUUUGUAGUUUUAAAAUUAAUUUUCAAAUUUCUUUUUUCCUUUUGCAUGUUCGGUCCUGCUAAAUGUCUUUUCUCCUGCACUUCUAGUGGUUACAUGUAACAUAUACAUUUAUAGAUCUGGGCCUUAACCUCACAUUCACUUCAGUGUCUUUCAGUCCACCUCUGAUCUUUGCCAAGACAGUCUCAGUAUUUUAAAUUGUAUCAUACAUGACAUGACCCAGAAUGAUUUCCUGCUGCCAUCUCAAGUAUGUUGAAUCUUUAAGUCGGUCAGAUUCCUGACAGAUGGAUUAUAAGAACCCUUUUUCCCUGAAGUAAUUUUCCUAAAGCACUUUGACUCAUUUGACAACAGAUGAGGAAGCUAGUAUGAUGAGAAAUACCAGUGUUAGACCUCCAGCAAGAUUUUGUGACUUUUCAUAACAUCAGUGAUGAAACAGACGUGUAGUUUCAUUGUGAUACGAGGAUUGUUCCAGUCACGCUUUGUUUUGUUGAAAUGCUUCCACAGAUACUUGGUAUGAUCUUGAAGUGCUUCCAGUCAAACAAGAUGUAAAAUCAAACAACAGACGACCAAAAGAAAAAAACCAAAAUCAUCAAACAUGAAUUCAUUUUGUUAAGUUGCCCAUCUUCAUUUGAUUAUAAGAUUUAGGAACACUGCACAGUGUUUAGUGCAAUAAGGCUGUUGGACAAAUGAAUGGGGUUAGAGUUACAUUUUAUCAGUAAUAUUUGGUUCAUGAUGAAAUGAGGAGAACUUCUCAUGCAGUGUUAUCUGUCGUCCUGCAGCACAGAAUGUGUGGACAGUCUGUGGCCAACACGUUUUCAAACGUAUUUCCUUCGUUGUUUGAUUAGUGGGAAGCUCUUUGUCUCUGUUUUUGUAUCUUGUGUCAUCACUAUUUGUCAAAUCUGAAUUUAUGCACUUAUGUAUGCUUCUGUAUGGGGAAUGUAGCUUUCAGUGUUAUCGGUAUAUUAUUAGUGUUUGAUGCUUUUUGACGCUCUGUUAAGAUUUCCCUGAUGUCUCACUGAAAGUGAUGGUUCUCUGUGGUACAAUAUUUUCGUUUUAUCGUGCGUACUAAUGUAAUUUUAGGGGUUAAAACUCUUUUUCAUGUAAGUCAAUAUUGCCUCUUUAUAACCAGAAUUCUUAUUCUUAUUUAUAUUAUACCAUACGAAAAUAAAUAUACACAUAUAUAAAUAUGAAUUUAAAUGCCCAUUAGUUAUCUAAUUGAUCCACAGUUAGUUGUUUUCUCAGUAAAAUGUCGAACAACGAAAAUGCUCUUCACAUUUUAUUUAUCAUAUAUUUUGCCAAAAACAUAAAAAUGUGAUAAAAACCAGAGAAAACAAUGACUAUUAAAAUCAUUUAUUGCUUAAUUUGACAAAGAAGGCUACGGCCAAAUUGAUGUUAAAGCACUUAGGACAAAAAAAAUUCUCAUCUUAAAAUUAUAACUGCUCCUUCAUCGUCAUCCAAAAAUCAUGAUUAUGCAAAUAGUUUUUACUUAAAACGUUUAAAUACUGGACGCAGGAUGUGUCCUACCUUAAGCCUCAUGAACACACACUGUACGAGUGGACUUCAGAGUAAAGUUGAAUAUUGGACAACGACAGGCUGCAAACUUGUUGUGAUGUCCCCAAUCAACGAUUUUAAGUUUGAUUUAAGAAGAAAUACAUUUUCUCUCUUCAAAAACUGUUUGAAAUGUAAAACGAUUGUGUCAAACGCUGAGCAUACGUGAUUCUUCACAGAGAAAAUCAAAGAUCCGGGUGACGUAACAAAAAGCAAAAUAUAUUUUUGAGCGUAGAAAACUUUAAGUAACCUUAAAAGUGACAAAGACUGACAGUAGAGACUUUUUAACCUCUCAGUGUGUCAGUGUUUGAUUCACAAUCGGUGUUACGCAUGAUAAAAUCCUGAAAAUACUUUCCCACAGCGACUUCACAGACUCUGGUUACUGAGUUACUGCGUUAUGGUAAUGAAAAAAAAGAAGAAGCUUUUUUGACAAAAUAUUUGUACAAUGCUGCCCCCCCCCCCCCCGUCUGCCUGGUGUUCCACCCUGCAGUGCCUUGUUGCACUCGUUUUGGAUGGCAGGAACAUUUUUGAUCUAUUGGCUGUGGACGUUCAUCCUGCAGGACACGUGAAAGAUAUCCAAGGGUUGCAGGGAUUCAACUCUAAACACACUUCUUGGCCACGCAGCGAAUAUACAGAGAUGCUCUGUGUGAAUUUGUGAAAGACUUUGAAAGAGCAGAACUGAAGAGUGUUGAGCAGCUGGCCUCCCCUCUCCUGCCUUCUCACGGACAGAACAAACCCUGCAGCCCUACUGCUACGAUUCGUUCCUCUCUGCGCUGUGGUACAGCCCCGAAUCAAAGCACAGACACUGACCAUUUUCAUAGAUUUCUACUUCGUCCCAUCUGCACACUGUAUAUUCUCUAUCUGAAGCCUGCGGGGAAACGAGAAAUUUCCCUCUGGGACUGAUUGAAGCGAGUGAAUGUUUAUGUACAGAACGCCUACUGUUGUGAAUCUCAGCUGGACCCGAGCAUGGCGGGGACCUGGAGAAGCAGAAUUAAAGCUCAACACUGUUGGGAGACCUCAGUCAAAACAAAGCUUUCAGACCUGCAGUCUUUACAUCAGGUCAUAUUAUGUUGAAGGAAAGACAUUUUGCUGAACUCUUUGCAGCCUACACUGUAUUGCUACUGUUGAGGUCAGUGUUGUAGUUCCGUUCUAAAUUAGCAGUAUUUAUUUGCAUGAUAUUUUUGAGCAGAUUUGUGUACAUAGCCUGGUGGACAUUCCGUCCUCAUCCAGCUCUCCAGCACCGUGGAUGGAGAAGUGACGGCGUCCUCUGUGGCGUUUCCGCGGUGACGUUGAGGCCUCGAAGCUCUUUGCCGCGUGUAAACGAAAGAAGCUGAAAGUUUGACUUCAGUGAAGCCUACAAUAACUGUCAGUGUUUGCAAUUUAGGUGUUUUAUCAGAAGUAAAAGCACAGAGACAUUUGGAGUUAAGAGCAACAACCUGCCUGAUGAAACUUUUGUUGUUUAUUCAUGAGAAAUGUCUCCUAGUGACAUAAAAAUGCUGAUAAUGGUUUGUGCAUUUAAAGGCUGUGUAACAACCAAACAAGGCGGAGGCAUGUGGGGGAAUGCCCCUUUAUUGAUGAACUUUAUUUAUGAAAUAGAUUUUAAGUGUUGCUUAUUUGAUUUAUUCAUGUAUUCUUUAUUUGUUGAUUUUUUGGGUGAAUAAUAUUUGUAUUGAACAGGAAGGAGCUGAAUGUGAUUGAAGCUUGCGUGGGCACAAUAAGCAAUUUACAAGAAAAUCUUGCAAAACAGAAAAAUAGCGAUAUUUACUGUACGUCCAUGUCCCUUUCUUUCUUGUAUCAAAAGAUAAGAAUGUUAAAGUUUUUUGCUGUAACUUUGCUUUUCGUUUUUGCCGACGUCGUCAUUUACUCGGGACAGUUUCCUCUCUUUGUGCCAGUCUCCAGCGCCACCUCAUUUUUGUACAGACAGUGUGAAGCAGUCAGCAGAAGAUGGAGGUUAACUUUGUAAUAAUUUUGUCAGUCACAUUACA